GUGACAAUUGUAGAAUUACAGAGGAAGCGAAGUUCACAUUCUAUAUAAACCACGGAAACCCGGUUUCCCAAGCCAGCAGAAAGAAGAAGAAAAGCUGCUUCACCGGACGGAGGUGUAAAGGUGUGUCUGUCUUCAGUUUUUCGAUUUCCAAUUAAUUCAGUAGCAAAAAAGCUAGCACAGCAACAUCAUGGGGUCAGUGGAAGAGCAGGUGGAGACGAGGCCGCCCAGCCAGGAAAAGCAACAGGAGGAGGAGGAAGCAUGUUUGUAUGCGAUGCAAUUGGCCAGCUUCUCGGUUCUCCCCAUGGUCCUGAAAUCCGCCAUCGACCUCGACCUUCUGGAGAUCAUCGCCAAGGCCGGUGCUGGGGCACAGGUCUCUCCUUCGGAGAUCGCCCUUCACUUGCCCACCCAAAACCCAGAUGCUCCAGUGAUGCUGGACCGAAUCCUACGCCUCCUGGCCAGCUACUCUAUCCUCACCUGCUCCCAGACCACCCUCGACGACGGCUCCAUCCAGAGGCUCUACGGUCUCGCUCCUGUCUCUAAGUUCUUGGUCAAGAACCAAGAUGGAGUGUCCAUCGCUCCUUUAGUUCUCAUGAAUCAGGACAAGGUCCUCAUGGAGAGCUGGUACUACCUGAAGGAUGCGGUGCUGGAAGGUGGAAUUCCUUUCAACAAGGCCCAUGGGAUGACAUCAUUCGAUUAUCACGGCACAGAUCCCAGGUUCAAUAAGGUGUUCAACAACGGAAUGUCCAACCACUCCACCAUCACCAUGAAGAAGAUCCUCGAUACAUACAAGGGAUUCGAGGGCCUCACCUCCCUGGUAGACGUCGGCGGAGGAAUCGGAGCUACGGUACACAUGAUCGUGUCCAAAUACCCAUCUCUCAGGGGAAUCAACUUCGAUUUACCCCACGUCAUCGCAGAAGCCCCCUCCUACCCUGGCGUCGAACACGUCGGGGGUGACAUGUUCGUCAGCAUCCCCAAGGCCGACGCCGUAUUCAUGAAAUGGAUCUGCCAUGACUGGAGCGACGAUCACUGCUUGAAAUUCCUCAGGAAAUGCUACGAAGCUCUGCCCGACGACGGCAAGGUGAUCGUAGUCGAGUGCAUGCUUCCGUCCACCCCGGAGACCAGCCGCGCUGCGCAGAGCGUUAUCCACAUCGAUUGCAUCAUGCUGGCUCACAACCCUGGUGGCAAAGAGAGGACCCAGAAAGAGUUCGAGGCCCUCGCCAAAGGUGCCGGCUUCCCUGGCUUCCGAGUUGCCUGCCCCGCUUAUAGCACUUGGGUCAUGGAAUUCUUGAAGAAGCCCUGAUCCAUUUUCUCCCUUGGUUGUUGAUUAUAAUCUGGUGAUGGUGCUUGGUGCUUGGUGCUUGGUUCUUGGUCCUGGGAUUUUGGAUUACUUUUCGUUAAAGUCAGUUUUACAGUCUUUGCAUUACUACCCAUACUUUGUGUAUUCUGUUUCCUUCCCUGUUCUCUCUCCCUCUGUUCUCUUCUAUGGAAUGGGCCUCCUUUGGGGUUGGCUUUAUAGAUGGAUGGAUCAUGGAUGGACAGUUUUACUUCUUACCCUCCUACACUCUUUUGUACUGUUUUAUAAAAAUAUCGAUUGCAUUGUAUAUUUUUCUUACAGGCUUCGAGUUUACUCGGUCUCUGUAAUAAUAUGAGAAUUGAGGUUGAGGGGA